CACGCUCAUCAGUCUAAUCCCACCCAUUUCGGCUGCGCUGGCUGCCACCAUGUGGAGCCUCGCCGUCGCGAGCCCGCACCCCGCCGCCGCCUUCGCCGCGGCCCGUCCCCGCCGCGGCCCUCGCCCCGCCGCCGCCCCCUCCCACAGAGGUGUGAAUCCGCAGCGGUGGCGAUGUGAGAAGACUCAGGCAUGGUCGUUUUGGAGCUCUCUGUGGGCCAGCGACCUUCCAGGAGGACUUUAUGGGGAUGUUUCGAAGAAUAUGCUCAAGCCAGCUGCUGCUGUUUCAGUUGAGCAAGCUGAAGCUAGUGCUCACCUUCCAAAAGGUGACAUGUGGUCUGUGCAUAAAUUUGGUGGGACCUGCAUGGGAACCUCCCAGAGGAUUCAGAAUGUGGCUGACAUAAUCCUUCGCGACCCUUCUGAGAGGAAACUGGUAGUUGUGUCUGCAAUGUCUAAAGUCACUGACAUGAUGUACAACCUUGUAAAUAAGGCUCAAUCAAGGGAUGAUUCUUAUAUCACUGCACUUGAUGAAGUUUUCGAGAAGCAUAUGGCAGCAGCAAAGGAUCUGCUUGGAGGAGAGGACCUUGCAAGAUUCUUAUCUCAGUUGCACGCGGAUGUCAGUAACCUAAAAGCAAUGCUUCGUGCAAUUUGCAUAGCUGGGCAUGCCACGGAGUCUUUCUCAGAUUUUGUUGUUGGACAUGGAGAGAUAUGGUCAGCUCAAUUGUUGUCAUUUGCCAUAAAGAAGUCUGGAACCCCUUGCAGUUGGAUGGACACACGAGAAGUUUUAGUUGUAAAUCCUACAGGUUCCAACCAAGUAGAUCCUGACUAUUUGGAAUCUGAGAAACGACUUGAGAAAUGGUUCGCUCGACAGCCAGCUGAGACAAUAAUUGCUACUGGGUUUAUUGCGAGUACACCUGAAAACAUUCCUACAACCUUGAAAAGAGAUGGAAGUGAUUUCUCUGCAGCCAUAAUUGGUUCACUUGUUAAGGCUGGUCAGGUCACUAUCUGGACUGAUGUUGAUGGGGUCUUUAGUGCAGAUCCCAGAAAAGUUAGCGAGGCUGUCAUAUUAAGCACUUUAUCAUAUCAGGAGGCGUGGGAAAUGUCGUAUUUUGGGGCAAAUGUAUUACAUCCGCGUACCAUCAUACCUGUGAUGAAAUACAAUAUCCCAAUUGUUAUAAGAAAUAUGUUCAAUAUUUCUGCCCCUGGUACCAUGAUCUGCCAGCAGCCUGCGAAUGAAAGUGGUGAUUUGGAGGCUUGCGUCAAAGCAUUUGCAACUAUAGAUAAAUUGUCUCUUGUUAACGUUGAAGGAACUGGAAUGGCUGGUGUUCCUGGUACUGCAAGUGCCAUAUUUGGUGCUGUGAAGGAUGUUGGAGCUAAUGUUAUCAUGAUAUCGCAGGCUAGUAGUGAACACUCCGUAUGCUUUGCUGUACCAGAAAAGGAAGUUGCUGCAGUUUCUGCAGCUUUGCAUGUCAGGUUCCGUGAAGCAUUAUCUGCAGGCAGGCUAUCUAAGGUCGAAGUCAUUCAUAAUUGUAGCAUCCUUGCUGCUGUCGGCCUGAAGAUGGCAAGUACUCCUGGGGUCAGUGCAACCCUUUUUGAUGCACUUGCAAAGGCAAAUAUUAAUGUAAGGGCAAUAGCUCAAGGUUGUAGUGAGUACAACAUCACUGUUGUAUUGAAGCAAGAGGACUGCGUAAGGGCUCUUAGAGCUGCUCACUCAAGGUUCUUCCUCUCCAAAACCACACUUGCUGUCGGAAUUAUUGGACCUGGGUUGAUUGGUCGUACUCUCCUUAACCAGCUGAAGGAUCAGGCUGCAGUUCUUAAGGAAAAUAUGAACAUUGAUCUGCGUGUCAUGGGAAUCACUGGUUCGAGGACAAUGGUUUUGAGUGAUACAGGAAUAGAUUUGGCCCAUUGGAAAGAGCAGCUACAAACUGAAGCAGAACCAGCCAACCUUGACAAGUUUGUUGAUCAUUUGUCCGAGAAUCAAUUAUUCCCUAACAGGGUUUUGGUGGACUGCACAGCAGACACAAGUGUUGCAUCCCACUAUUAUGACUGGUUAAAGAAGGGAAUCCAUGUCAUCACGCCAAAUAAGAAAGCAAAUUCAGGGCCACUGGACAAGUAUUUGAAACUUAGGACUCUACAACGUGCAUCAUAUACCCAUUACUUCUAUGAAGCAACUGUUGGUGCUGGCCUUCCUAUCAUUAGCACUCUGCGCGGUCUCCUGGAAACAGGUGACAAGAUAUUGCGUAUUGAGGGGAUCUUCAGUGGAACAUUGAGUUACAUUUUCAACAAUUUUGAAGGAACAAGAGCUUUCAGUGAUGUUGUUUCUGAAGCAAAAGAGGCUGGAUACACUGAACCUGAUCCAAGAGAUGAUCUGUCUGGAACUGAUGUAGCCAGAAAGGUAAUAAUUCUUGCUAGGGAAUCUGGAUUGAAGCUUGAGCUUUCUGAUAUUCCUGUAAGGAGUCUUGUGCCGGAGGCAUUGAGAAUUUCUGUUAUGCAGUCCUGUUCAACAGCUGAUGAAUACAUGCAAAAGUUACCAUCCUUUGACCAGGACUGGGCAAGAGAGAGUAAAGAUGCUGAAGCUGCCGGAGAAGUUUUGCGGUAUGUUGGAGUGGUGGAUUUGGUGAACAAGGAGGGUCAGGUCGAGCUGCGGAGGUACAAGAAGGACCACCCGUUCGCGCAGCUAUCUGGCUCCGACAACAUCAUCGCCUUCACGACGUCAAGAUACAAGGAGCAACCGCUGAUCGUGCGAGGCCCGGGCGCCGGUGCAGAGGUGACCGCAGGAGGUGUCUUCAGUGACAUACUACGGCUGGCCUCCUACCUAGGCGCUCCCUCAUAAGCUUUGUAGCAGGAAGCAUUUUCUGAUGGUGGUCAAGAUGGCUUUGAAUCUUGUAAGGUUGCCUGGUUUCUUCUUCUCUUUUCCUUUGCACAAGCAUUCUAAAUCACAGUGAGGAAAUAAGCCUUUGUUCUGUAGUGAUGUUCGUCAAGGGCAAUAGGUAGGAGUUGUGCAGGUCUUGUUGGAAAACAAUUCUUGUUCGUUGCAAUAAUGGUGUGGUCGUCAGGUUUGUUUUUGAUGGUGACGCUAGUGAGGUGAGACGGCAUUACAAGUGAAGAAUCAAUAAUGCAAAGCUUCGAAUCGUGAUGAUGGAAGAAAAAAAAAA